UUUCAACACUAUUAACAGAAAAACAAUGCUUCAUAACAUUCGAGUAAAAUGUCCCUCUCUGGCACACUAUGUAGAAAACACAUAUAGUGACCCCUCGGAUUUGUACAUAUGUAGUAAUAGUGGUAAUAGUGUUAAGGUGUUAAAGUCCAUGGAAGGGACAACACAAGGUGACCCAGUGGCCAUGGCGAUGUACGCCCUCGGACUUUCAGUGCUGCAACAAGUUAUCUCAUAUGAGAAAACGAGUGUGAAGCAAGUGGCGUACGCGGAUGACCUGUCAGGGGCCGGCAAAAUAACAGACUUGAAAAAAUGGUGGGGCUUAGUGAACGAUAAUGGUCCCAUCAUAGGGUACACACCCAGUGCCGCUAAGUCCGUCCUUAUUGUAAAGCCUGAACACUAUGACAGUGCAGUGGAUAGCUUCAGUGGCAGUGGAGUUAUAAUAACAAAGGAUGGACAGCGGCAUUUGGGUGCUGUCAUCGGAACAGAGGAGUUCAAGAAGGAAUACAUAGGAGAGAAGGUGAAGGAGUGGAUACAUGAGGUGGAGGUCCUGUCUGACAUGGCCAGGACUGAGCCUCAUGCAGCCUACUCCGCCUACACCCACGGCUUGCAGCAUCGAUGGAGAUUCGCCAUGCGCACCAUCCCAGGCAUCAGCCCUCUCCUUGCACCACUGGAGGUCUCGAUAAGGAACACCUUCAUCCCAGCGUUACUGAGAUCCCACACCAUCGGAGAUGGGGAGAGCUGCUCGAACUUCCACCAAGACUGGGCGGGAUGGGAAUCACCUCCCCUAAAGUUAGCGACUGUGGAGAACCUCAACUCCCUCAAGCUCACCAGGUCCCUCACAGAAGAUCAUUGCUCAGGACGCACAUG